UUGAGUGUUGUUAUUGUUUUAACUGCAUGAAUAUGUAUAAAUGUACAUAUGUACCUACCUACAUACUUGUCUCUCAAAAUCGUCAUCUUUCAUUUCAUAAAACCAGUUCUCCGGCUUAACAAAAGAGAACACUUUCUUAAAAUAAUAUGAGAAAGAGCAGAGAUCGCACUCAUCGAGACGAUCUCACAAUAUCAGUUUCUCAAUCGGAGUCCAAAUAGGCCACACGUAACACGUAUAACAAUUUUCAAUGCAGAUCUCUUGUGUCGUCAUGGAGAACAAUAAGAAUAACCCAUUUACAGUUCAUCGACAAAAACAGCUUACCAAAAAAACAAAAUGUUGUAUCAAAGGCUGCCCAUCAAUGACAAGUAAUUUUUUUCGUUUCCCACCAAGACACACCAAAGAGUAUGAUACCUGGCUAAGCUCAUGCGAAGAGUCUAAAGCAAAUAUUAUUUCUAUAGAAAAUCCAAUGGUAUGUGUGCUGCACUUUCGCAAUAAUCUUCCACCGCCAAAAAGAUAUUUGACAGCAAAGGAUAUUGAAGUAUUAAAAGAAGAUCUCGAUCGUGUUAACCACUGUGUUGCAGAGUGGGUUCUUCAUGCACGUAAACACAUGCUAGAUAUAGAUAUAAAUGACGAAGAUGUGUAUCUAAAAGCGGUAGAAAUUGGAAAAGUCUAUCAACUGCCACACUUUGAAUUUGAUGUUGAUUUUGGGUGGUUAGAUAUUUUUGAGAAUUAUCUUCAAAAAAGAGGAAUUGAAAGUUGGAACAGACCAUUGAUUAAAGAUGAAACAGAUGUAGUAAAUGAUGAUCAUAACGGAUGUAAAAGUGAAGAAGAAGAAGGAGAGUUAGCGGGGUCUACGGGAUCUACGACGGAUGGAGGAGAAAUUGUUGAAGAUUCAAUUAGAACUUAUGAGGAUGCACUGAAAAGAGUGGAAAUUUUGAAAAAAUAUUGUAAGAGAGCGAAAAACAAGAGAGCUUUAGAAAUAGUUAAGCGACUCAAUGAAGUUUUAAAUAAAAGGGUGUGUACUGUGUAGUUAAGUUACUAUUUUCAUUAAUUUUUAAGAUACUUUAAUAAAUUUGUUUGUUCAAAUAGGUAUUUAAGAAUUUUAAGCAAAGUUAAAUAUUACGUAAAUAUUGUUUAAUUUUUUAUAAUAAAUAGGUAUUUUAUA